AUGUCUGAUGUUGAGGCCACGUAUGCAGACUUCAUUGCCUCUGGCAGGACGGGACGAAGGAACGCCAUGCACGACAUCCUGCAGAGUCCCACCGACCCCGAGGGACGAGAGCUGCCCCUCACCCUGUCCCUGUCCCAGAUGCACAUCAACGCAGGAGGGGGAGAAGGAGACGACCCAGAGGACAUCCAGAGCUCCUCCUCAGCACAUCGGGAGGCUGAGCAGAGGAACAGCUAA